UGUCGUUACUUGUCCUCUGACAUUUUUUCUUUUCUUCUAUCAGCGCACUCUCAGACAGACUAUUUUUCAAACUAUACGACAGACAUCUAUCUACUAACUAUUUAGAGACAUUAUCGUAUAGCAAAGAGUUAAAGAAGGAUUGAUUUUGGUUAUAGAUAACGUAUAUUAUACACAUACAAGAAUAUUCACAUCAGACACUACUACCAACCCAAUUAGGCAAGCCCCUCCAUCAACCAGACAUAACUUUAACAAAUUAUUAGUUGCAACUAAUCCCCCAGAAUUAUGAGCAAUAUCGCUAAUGAUGGCAAAAAGUCGGAUCAUGAACAGCCCUUAAAUCCCCUGCAACCCCACCACCAAUUUAAACAGACACAACUGCAUCACAAUCAACAUCAUCACAGAUCCCGAAAGAGACGUCAUAAACACGACACUUCAACUUUGACCGAUGAAGACUCAGAUGAGGUUGAUUCAUUGACCGAGGAACUAGAUCAGAUCGGACGAUUGAACAUUAAUUUGAAUUUGAACCUUUCGUCGUUUCUCAAUAAGGAUUCCUUUACGUUGGCCAGUAUGCCCCAGAUACCGAACUUAGCUAAUUUGCCAAAUUUGCCUAAUUUGCCUAAUUUACCGAACUUGCCCAAUUUACCAAAUUUACCCAAUUUAUCAAAUCUUCCAUCAUUUGAACUCCCCCGAUUACAGGAAUUCUCCAAAGAAUUCAGUCAAUAUGUCAGUAACUAUAUCACAUUGACGAGAAAUUAUUAUUCUAGUGGUGCCAGUAAACCCAGUUCAUCUAAUGAUGUUAGUAAUGUUCAUGAUGAACAACGAUUAAUUAAUUCAGUUAAAACUAUUUUAAGUACUAGGAUUCAAAUGAAUAGAGUAUUGAAUGAUUUAAGACUGGGAUUAAAUAUAAGUACUGCCAUAGAUCGACUUCAACCUCUUACAGAUAUAAUUCAUGAAACAAUAUUCUUACCAGCAGAAGAUUUAAGUGAAUUUGAAGAAGAUUACUAUGAUUCUAAGGAAUUAUCAACUACAGAUAAUCUUAUAAAUGAUGAAGAAUUAGAAGUCACAGAACCAGUAGGAGUUGGAUUGAUAGUAAAUAAAGAUCAACCACUUAUAAAUGAAAUCAUUAAACCUGAAGAGAAUGAUCAUAGAAGAAAACGGUUUAUUAAUAAGAAAAAUAGAAGAAAACAAUUAUUUGAUUCUUAUAUGUCUACUGGUGAAGAUAGUGGAACAGCUACCAGUGAUCUAGAUAAUAUUGAAGGAUUAAAUAUUGAACAAGUUAAACAAUUAACUGAUUUAGAUUCAGUAGAUGAUUUCCUAAAGGAGGAUACUUUAAGAAGUCGUAUUCAAAAGAUUCAAGAAUUAUCGGAUAUAACUCAGAAGGCUAAGAAUAAGUUAGUUACUAGAUUAAUGAUGGGUAAUUAUUAUAAGUAUGUGAAUGAUAAGUUAUCUCCUGAUAGGGCUAUCCAAUUACCAUCCAAAUUGAGUAAGCAAAGGUUAGUAUUGAAUAUGAGUACUGAACCAGUCUUAGAAGAGGAAGAAGAAGAAGAAGAUGAAGAUGAAGAUGACGAUGAAGCAGUAGUUAACCAACCACAUAUAGAAGAUGAUGAUCAAAUCAUGAAGGAAGUUGACUCUGAAGAUGAUGAAGUCAUACUUACCGAACAAGAUCAAAUCCCAUCAUAUCAUAAUUCACCUUUUAAUACCAUUUUAGGAUGUCAACAUUAUCAACGUAAUUGUAAAUUAGAAUGUCCUACAUGCUAUAAAUGGUAUGUAUGUAGGUUUUGUCAUGAUAAUGAAAAUAGUAAUCAUAAAUUAGUUCGAUCAGAAGUUAAACAUAUUCUAUGUAUGAAAUGUAAUACUCCACAAUUACCAGACACUAAUUAUUGUAUUAAUUGUGAACAAGAAUUAGCCAAUUAUUUCUGUUCUAAAUGUGUUUUAUAUGAUAAUGAUCCAACAAAGGAUAUUUAUCAUUGUGAUAAAUGUGGAAUUUGUCGAUUAGGUUUAGGACUUGAUAAAGAUUAUUUCCAUUGUGAUACAUGUAAUAAUUGUUUAUCAAUUGAUUUAAGAGAGAAUCAUAAAUGUUUAACCAAUACCACUCAUUGUGAUUGUCCAAUAUGUAAUGAAUAUUUAUUUACAAGUGUUCAUAAAGUUGUAUUUAUGAAAUGUGGACAUUCAAUUCAUCAACAUUGUUAUGAUGAAUUAGUUAAACAUAGUUAUAAAUGUCCAAUUUGUAAGAAAACCAUUGUUAAUGUUGAAACUCAAUUCCGAUUAUUAGAUGCAGAAAUUAAACAACUGCCAUUACCUAGUCCAUAUAAUAAUUGGAGAUGUAUUAUCAGUUGUAAUGAUUGUAAGGGUAAAUCCAAUUGUACAUAUCAUGUUCUUGGAUUAAAAUGUAAAUAUUGUAAGAGUUUCAAUACUAAUCAAUUAAAAUUGAUUAAGCCUGAAGAGGAAGCUAUUGAUAGAGAAGUUGAUACAUUUAGUGGAGAUGAAGAGAGUAAUUUUGAUGUGAAUGUUAUGAGAUUAGUUCAUACGAAUAUCCUGAGUAAUUUCCGUAUAGAUGAUCAAUAUUUAACGGAAGAGCAAAGUGGAUAUGAAGAUGAUGAAGAGGAGGAAGAUGAAGAUGAAGAAGGAGAAGAUGCUGAUGAAGAUGAUGAAGGAGGCUCAAUCAAAGAAGAUGAUGAGGAAGACUUUAAUAAUAUGUUCAAUUUCCGAAAAUUAACCAGUUCUAAUAGAUCAUCGAAUAUUUCAUAUAUAACAUCGAUGUUUCAGAAUUUUAUUAACAAUGCUAUAAAUUCAGAGGAGAUGGAGAAGCAGCAGGUUAGUAAUACGGUAAUUGCAACAGAGUCGACCAUAAAGGGUUAGAGUUGAGAUGAUCACGAUAUGACGACAUGACAGAAAGAUAGAUAGAUAGAUAGAUAGAUAG